AUGGACAAAAUGGCCAGCAGCAAGGCAGAGACAUUCGAGGACCUCUCUCAGGCCCCAGCAGAAAGCUUUGAAGAGAUUGAAGAAGUCCACAUACAUGCAAAGACGAUAAUUGCCUCAGUGGCCAUUUGUUUUAUGCAAUUUGCCCUUGUCUCAGCAACCGUGGGAUCUGGUGCCCUUGGGGCAGUUUCUACAGGCCUUUUUGGUGAUUCUAGCAAAGGCCCCUGGCUCAACACCAUCAUUCUCCUCUUCGGUGUUGCGGGUAACCCACUUUUUGGCCAGUCUGUGGACUUAUGGGGUAGGAAGUGGAUCAUUGUUGGAACGAGCUUCAUGGGCAUUAUCGGUUCUAUUAUAGUUUCCUGUGCACAGAAUCUCGCCACCCUGAUCGCCGGCUUCUGCGUCAUCGGCAUCUCAUUCACCAGCCAGUUCUGUCUCCUUGCCAUCGCUUCGGAAAUCCUGCCUCGCAGCCAUCGAGGAGUCGGGCAAGUCGCGCUCAGUGCUUCUACAGGCUUCGCGCUUAUAAGUGGUGCUCUUGCAUGUGGUGCUUUAACCCGCGGAGGCCAUGCUGACAAUUAUCGAAUUUUCUUCUACUAUGUCGCCGCCCUGUAUGUAGUUGCCACACUUGGACUUGCUUUCGGCUACACUCCACCAGCACGAGAGCUUCAGCAGACUCUGACAACACGGCAGAAAGUCCAAAGACUCGACGGAGUUGGUAUGUUCCUAGUCUCUAUCGGGGCCACGCUGUUCUGUGUUGGACUCCAGUUUUCGAGCACCUCCGGUAGCUGGCAGGAUGGCCGAGUCUUAGGCCCAUUCGUUGCCGGCGUCACAUUGAUGACUGUGUUUGGGAUAUACGAAUGGAGGUUCAAGAAAGAUGGUAUUCUCCAUCACGACCUCUUCCGCCAUCGCAACUUCGCUCUCUGUGUGAUCAUCGUCGGACUUGAGGGCCUCUCCUUCUAUACAACCAAUGUCUUUCUCAUUUUGGAAAGCACGAUCGUCGAGGGUACCGACAUAUUCCAGGCCUCGCUCCGCCUCGCCAUCCCCUGCUCCGUCGCUUCGGUGGUACUCCUUGGCAUUGCCCUUCUGCUCACCAGAUUCAGAAGAAUUCGAGAGCCACUUGUGUUUGGCUUCGCUCUGUUGACCAUCUCGCCUGGGCUUAUGUCGACAAUCACUUCGAGCUCAGGAGCUGGUGCUUUCAUUGGAUAUCCCACCCUUGGUGUCGUCGGCUUACAAUUUGCGCUGGCCAGUGUUGCUGUGGGUGCACAGUUUGCUACACCACCGGACAUGAUUGCUGUCACCUCGGCAGUCUUCGCUGCGGGCAGAAGUCUUGGAGGGGCGAUCGGAAUCGCUGUGAAUUCCGCUCUUCUUUCCAAUGCGUUAUCAUCAGAGCUGCCGAAAAAGAUUGCAGCGGAGGUCCUUCCGCUGGGGUUAGAAGCAGCCUCGCUACCAGCCCUGAUAUCGGCAUUGAUGGCGAAUGACCAACAAGCUUUAGCAGCUGUCCCUGGAAUUAGCCCUACCAUCAUCUCCGCUGCUGCGCAGGGCAUUAAAAGCGGGUACGCUGCUUCCUUCAGACCGGCCUGGAUUGCGUCUGCUGCCUUCGCUGCUGCCGGAACCAUAAUUUGCAUGUUUGUGACAAAUCCUAUGAAGGAGUUCACUCCACAUAUCGACGCUCCGGUUGAGGCAGAGUUGAUAGAACUUCAGGAGAAAAAGGAAGCUCUCGAACGACGUCGUCAAAAUUGCUGA